GUGAAAAAUCAGUUAAUAAAAAUAACAAAAAUGGCAUAUAAUUUGUACGAGAAUGAAUACGCAAUUUUAGAUAAAAUCGAUCCCUUAUCGAGAGUUUUCAUCUUAAAUAUACCAACACAUGUCAACACGGAGACAUUGAGGAAGAGAUUUGAAAAGUAUGGUGAUGUGGAGUUGUACACAUGCCAGAAUUGUGAAAACGACAAAGGCUGGGCAUUUGUAGGUUAUAAAUCCCGAAGAAGCGUCAAAAGACUAAUGCGCAAAAUUCUAAGGAAACAAAAAAGCAACUAACCAAUUCUACAAACUACCUAAAACAGUGCUUAACAUAGUUUAUUAUCAUUCAAUUUUCCAUAAUCUUAAUGUUAUAUUUUUUAUAA